AUGCAAGCUUACGGUCGUUAUGAUUUUGCUGCAACGGCCAAGGAUGAACUUAGUUUUCAAAAGGGAGCUAUGCUUAAAAUACUUAAUACGGAAGAAGAUAUGAAUUGGUAUAAAGCAGAAUUAAAAGGACAAGAAGGAUAUGUACCAAAAACUUAUAUUGAAAUGGUUCCUAAUCCUUGGUUUUACGGUACUAUAUCUCGUGCCGAAGCUGAGAAAAUUCUCCUUCAAAACGAUGCUCAUGGUCAGCGAAUUAAUCAACCUGAUGGUGCUUUUCUUGUUCGUAUGUGUGAGUCAUCUCCUGGUGAUUUUUCGCUAUCUGUCAAAUAUCAAGAUCAGGUUCAACAUUUUAAAGUUUUACGUGAUGGUAUGGGCAAAUAUUUUCUAUGGGUUGUUAAAUUUGAUUCAAUCAAUGAAUUAAUUGACUAUCACCGUACAACAUCAGUCAAUCGUGGACAAAAUUUAUUACUUAAAGAUAUGAUUUCAUCUACACAAUCAAAACCCAUAUCAUCACAGACUAGUAACAAUCAUCAACAAAAAGAUCAACGAAAUAUACAACCACCUCCAAUGCAACAACAUUCUGUUCCAUCAACAGAUGGUCAAAAUUUUAUAGCUGCGUAUGAUUUUCAACCACAAGAACAAGGUGAAAUCGAAUUAGCACGUGGUGAUCGUGUUCGAGUGUUAGAUCAAACUGAUGCAAAUUGGUGGCAAGGUGAAGUACGUGGUCAGGUUGGUCUUUUUCCUGCUACAUACGUUCGACCUUUAUAA